UGGUUCGGUUCUUUCAUUAUUCUCUCUCAGCAUUUCCUACGUGCGUGCGGCUCAGCUCAGCCACUAAACUCGGUGACGGCUCACCGAGUCGAAAACCCAUAGAGAACUCACUCAAUCCAAUGGGAGAACAACCAGACGAAGAAAAGCGGGUGACGAUGGCUGCUACUGACGACGGUAGUGGCGGAGGAAAGAGAAAACUAGAUGCCUUAGAGCUCGCCAAACAGAGAGCUCAAGAAAUCGCCUCCCGAAUCGCCGCCGCCAAUGACGCUUCUUCUGACCUAAAGCGACCCCGUCUCUUCUCCGCUACUAGUACUUCACCACCGCCACCACGCCAAUCCAACUUUUCUUAUAAUUCCAAUUCUGCCCCUUCCUAUUCCUACCCAGCUCCUGUUUCCUAUGCUUCUCAACCGAGUCAUUAUCAUGGUUCACAAGGUCCAAGUAAGAGAAUUAGUAUUCCUAAUGGCAAGGUUGGUGUUGUUAUAGGGAAAGGAGGAGAAACAAUCAAGCAAAUUCAACUUCAGUCAGGCGCUAAAAUACAAAUUACUAAGGAUCAAGAUGCUGAUCCCCAUGCUUUAACAAGGGAUGUAGAGUUGAUGGGUACUUCAGAACAAAUUAGCAGGGCGGAAGAGCUCGUUAAUGAAGUGAUUGCUGAGACGGAUACAGGGGGCUCUGCUCCUUCUGCUGGCCAUGGACAGAAUACAAAGCAACCUGGAGCUGAACAGUUCUCAAUGGUAGUCCCUAAUGAUAAGGUUGGGUUGCUCAUUGGCAAGGGUGGUGAGACCAUAAAGUACAUGCAAAGCAGAUCAGGGGCACGUAUGCAGAUUAUUCCCCUUCACCUACCUCCUGGUGACCCAACAGCAGAAAGAACAGUUUAUAUAAAUGGUUCAACAGAACAGAUCGAAGCAGCUAAAGAAUUGAUCAAUGAAGUAAUCAGUGGGAAACGUAUAUUAAAUCCUUCAGGAUCGGGUAGCUAUGGACAACCAGUUUAUCCCUCAACUGGUAAUUGGGCCCAGGCAGGACAAGCUCCCAUGCAACAACAGCCUCAGUAUGGAUAUGCACAGCCAGGAAAUCAACCUACGCCCGCUUCUUACUACGGUCAGUACCCCCAGCAACCAGCUUGGGAUCAGUCAAAUCCAACUAUGUCUCAAACACCUCAGCAAAUGGCUGGAUAUGGUUACUAUGGGCAGCAGCAACCCCAAAUAGGAUCUACCCCACCAAAUCCCAACUAUGGCUACGGUCAGACACCUCCUGCUACCGAUGGAGCUUAUGAGCAGAGUUACAAUCAGCAGACACCAAACUACGGACAAAACAUGGGAACUACAACCCAGGAACAGCAGAGACUAUAUGCUACUUCGACUUAUGGAUCAACCGCUGCAUCUCAAUCUGAUGGGACAGUUUCCUCCCAGUCAACUCAAGCACCGCCUGCAUAUCCACCUUCUGCUUAUAGUCAGCCAACGGCAGACCCUCACGCGUACUGGAAUUCCUCAAACUAUGCCAGCCAAGCACCGCAUCAAACAGGAUAUGAUCAAACUGGGUAUGGAGCCUAUCCUCAGCCACCAACUACUGCACCAGCAAACUACGGCCAGGGUUACGGACAGCCACAAGCACAGCCAACAAACAAUGGUCAUCCAGAGUCAUUGUCUGACGGGAAUGCAAGUACAGGCAAUGCCUCAAAUACGCCUGCGAAGGAAGCAGUUUCUUCACAGACCUGAAGUUGAAGCUGUUAAAAAAAGUGAACUUCUAGUAUCUGCUCCCAGUCAUGUUGCUUUAUGAAAGCCCUCAAGUCUUGUAAACUAGGAACCUUUGCUAUGAGAGGGACUUUAUCUGUAGGGUUUAGAAUGGUGGAAAAUUUUGUCUGGUUAAUAUUUACCAGGGAUGUUUAAAGCUUAAUUGAACUUGAAAACAAGUGGAACCUGCAAUUUUUCAAUUUUGAAAGAUUGAGCUUGUGAUUUGCCAGAA